ACUCAAAAUAGGUCUAAAUUCGCUGUCAGGGGUCCUAUCGUACCAUCGUUGUGUUCAUGGCUAUAAGGUAGCAAUAUGGUAUCCAUAUUUUGUCAAAUUUACGUCAAAAGUUUAAUUUUGUUGUAUUUUAGCUAACCUUAUCCUAAUUAUCAUAAUCUGCUGCGUAUAGUUCUCGUAACCUGCUAUGAUUAUGACAAAAGUUAAUUUGACAAAAGCUGUAUCUCUUCUAGUAAUGACCCAUAUUUUGUUUGUAGUUGGAUGGGGUGUAUUCAUUAGUCAUAUUCCGUUGUAAAAAGUUUUGUCAAAUUAACAUCAGAUUUGCAAACCGUUUUGCAACGGAAUACGACAACCGGGGAGGGACUUUUUGGACAAUUUGUCCAAUAGAAACUCUCGUUGCAAAACGUUUUACUUUUGGGAGUAAAUAGUUUCCGUUGUAAAAUGUUUUGCAACAGGAUCUGACUAAUUAAUACACCCCUGAUUUAUUGCACAGUGCUAGAUAGAUGGACUGAAAACGCAUGCUCAAUCAGUGGACAAGUGUAUGGUUGAAUGAUGGAGGUGGCCUAUUUUUGUGAGUGGGAGAAGAGACCCAAGAGUAACCACUGUCCAUCCAUCCCACUGGCGUGUGCCUUGUCCUGCAGGAACCUAGUUGCCUUUACCACAGACCUAAAAAAUGAAGAAGAUGAGAAAGAAGUCAGUCAUAUGGUCCACAUCAUUGACACAGAGCACCCAUGGGAUGUGUACUCCAUUUACUCUGGACAUGCCGAGGUCAUAUCCUGUCUGGAGUGGGACCAAUCAGGUUCCAGGUUGCUGUCUGCUGAUGGAGACGGGCAGAUCAAGUGCUGGGCGAUGACAGAUCACCUGGUGAAUAGCUGGGAGACUUCACUAGGGAGUGCAGUGGACGGAGACCCUAUCAUAGCUCUGUCCUGGCUGCAUAAUGGAGUCAAGCUGGCUCUGCAUGUGGAGAUGUCAGGCUCCACCAACUUUGGGGAGAAGUUUUCACGGGUCAAGUUCUCGCCAUCUCUCACGCUGUUCGGGGGUAAGCCCAUGGAAGGCUGGCUGGCAGUGACGGUGAGCGGCCUGGUCACGGUGUCCUUGCUGAAGCCCAACGGUCAGCUGUUGACCGCCAGCGAGAGCCUGUGUCGCCUGAGGGGCCGAGUUGCCCUGGCCGACAUCGCCUUCACCGGCGGGGGCAACAUCGUGGUGGCGGCAACGGAUGGCAGUAGCUCCUCACCUGUGCAGUUCUACAAGGUGUGCGUGAGCGUGGUCAACGAGAAGUGUCGCAUCGACACAGAGUUGCUGCCCUCACUCUUUAUGCGCUGCACCACAGACCGGGUCAGGAGGGACAAGUACCCGGCCGUCACACACCUCAAGUUCCUCACCAGGGAGAACUCCGAGCAGGUGCUGUUGUGUGCCUCCAGUCAGAUGGGCAGCAUUGUCGAGUGCUGGUCACUGCGAAAAGAAGGCCUCCCUGUUAAUAACAUAUUCCAGCAUCGCUCACCAGUAGUGGGUGAGAAACAGCCGAUGAUCUUGAAAUGGCGCAUCCUCUCAGCCACCAAUGACCUGGACCGCGUGUUGGCCGUUGCUCUGCCCAAGCUGCCCAUCUCCAUCUCCAACCCUGACUUAAAGGUGGCGUCGGACACAAAGUUCUGCCCAGGCCUCGGCCUGGCUCUAGCCUUCCACGAUGGCAGCAUCCAGAUCCUCCCCCGGCUGUCCCUCCACACUAUGGGCGUGUUCUACGGCUCCUCCUCGGGCUCCUCCCAGCGGCCUGGGGACGAGCCGGCCAUUAAGUGGCAGCGUGCCGGCGGCCACACCAUCCACUUCAAGGCCCUGCAGUUCUCCUGGACCUCGCUGGCCCUGGCCGGAGUGGACAACCGCGGCAAGCUGCACAUGAUCCGCGUGUCUCCCUCCAUGGGCCAGAUGUUGGACAUGAACACACUGCUGCGCCACCUGCUGUUCCUGCUGGAGUACUGCAUGGUGACGGGCUACGACUGGUGGGAUGUGCUGCUCCACGUGCAGCGGCAUAACCUGGUGGAGAACCUUCAUGAAGAGUACAUCAGACAGAACCAAGCCCUGCAGCAGGUGCUCUCAACACGCAUCGUCGCAGUGAAGGCCUCUCUCUGUAAGCUGUCGGCGGCUACGGCAGCGCGAGCCUGCGACUUCCACGCCAAGCUCCUCCUUAUCGCCAUUAGCGCCACCCUCAAGUCCCUGCUGAGGCCCCACGUCCUCAACACGCCAGACAAGAGCCCCGGGGAUAGGCUGGCAGAGAUAUGCGCCAAAAAUACUGACACUGAUAUCGAUAAGGUGAUGAUCAACCUGAAGACAGUGGAGUUUGUGCUGGACGGCCCCCCGCUCCAGUCUCUGCAGCAGCUCAUCCAAUGGGUGGGAGACUUUGUGCUCUACCUGAUGGCUAACCUACCCAAUCAGGGCUCCAUCGCGCGUCCCGGCUUUGGGUUCCUGCGCGACGGCUCGUCCCUGGGCAUGCUGCGUGAAAUGAUGGUGAUGAUCCGGAUCUGGGGCCUGCUGAAGCCUGGCUGCCUGCCCAUCUACACGGCCGCCUCGGACAACCAGGACAGCAUGUCGCUCCUCUUCCGCCUGCUCACCAAGCUCUGGCUCGGCUCUCGGGACGAGGGCCACCCCCAGGAGCCUGAUGAGCCGCUGAUAGACGAGUGCUGCCUGCUGCCCAGCAUGGACUGGCUGCCCGUCAAUGACGGCAUCAUCUGCAAGCUGCAGGGCAAGCAACCUCUGCGGUUGCAGUUUAACAAGCCCUACAGCCUUCCGGGUCUCAACUCCACCGCCCAGGUGGAGAUCUUCUCUAGGGUACCUGGGGCCCAGAGGAUGGAUAACCUACGUUGUCUCCACAUGGGAGUCUGCCCCACAGAGGAGAGCAAAGCCCUCACCCGGUGUGGCUGUGUGACCAUGCUCCGCUCGCCCAACAAGACCAACGCAAUGAAGCAGUGGGAGCAACGCUGGAUCAAGAACUGCCUGUGCGGAGGCCACUGGAGAAGGUUUCCCUCCACACUGUCCUGAGAUCAGUCAACGGACAACUAUUGACUCUGACAAGCCCAUGGCCACCGCAAACCCCGACUCUAGAUCAGCCUUCGGAGUUUGGACAGUAGAUUGCACAGCGCUGCUGCUUCCUAGCAGGUGUCACGAAGGACAGAUUCCAUAUCCAAUAUGAUGAAGUAUAUCAAUGCGGUUGUAUUGCACAUAUGGCCAUUUGGAAAGGCUGUGAUCAUGCCAUCAUUGUUUCCUACCUGUAAAUAGGAACCACGUUUUUCAUGUCCCUUUUUAUAUGCAAACACGUGUCAAGAAAAUAAAGCUUCUUGAGGACCUUA